AGCACUUCUUUCAAUUGGAAAAAAAAAAAAAAAAAAAAACACUUGAAGUCUUGAAUCAUAUUUGGUUCAAUUUCAUUCGCAACUCGUCUUCUUUUUCUGUUUCUCUUGCCAAAUUAAAAUGGACAAAAUUAAUAGUGUGGUACAAAAGAGGCCUAGAGAUGAAUUAGAAGGGGAAGUAGAUUUUGAAGAGUGCUCAAACACAACUAGGAACAAACCAUACAACCACAUACUUACAAUUCUUGAGUCCGAGGAAGAGGAAUCUACACAAGAUCUCUCUCCUUUGAUGACAACCCUCCAACAAGAAAUCACUUGUACACCUUCCAACAACAACAGCCACCAAUCUCAACUAAAUGACCAAAAUACCCUCCACACGACUAACCCAAAUGACCAAAAUACCCUCACAAGUAUUCAUCAGGAGGAGGAGGAGAAUGAUAAGGAGAGGGUCAUGAGACACCUUCUCCAAGCCUCUGAUGAUGAACUUGGGAUUCCAAGUAGCGGUGAUGAAUAUGGGUCAACCCUAGAUUUUGGUGAAUUUGGAUUUAGUACCAAUAACAACGGAGAAUAUGGAGAGGGUGAAAAUAAUAAUGGAUUUUCUUCAUUAUGUGACAAUUUGUGGGAGCUUGAAGAUGAGGCAGCUAACUACUAUACUUUGUUACAAUCUGAACUCUUUCUUUGGGAACAAUAGGAACUCAAAUUUAGAAAAAGGGAGAAAGGAAAAAAAAAUUAAACUAGUGGGCGGUUAUUACAUAGAAAAUGGUAGCAAUUUCUUUCGUUUGUUUUUUCAUUUUUUUAAGCUCUCUUUUGUAAAGAUUAUGGGAUGCUUUUUAUUAUUAUUAUAAUAGGAAUACUACAUAAUUAAUAAAUAUUAUUAUGUGUCAA